AUGCAGUCGGACGUCCAUUGGUCCUCCAUCUCCUCCCGGAUCUCUCUGAAUCUUUUACGUCGGGCAUCGUCCUGCAUGUCAGGUUCUACCCACAAUCUUUUCAGCUACACGUCGGGGUUAUGGCUCGUCAACAACGAUCUUCGUCUUACAGAGCGUAAGCACGAGUUCAAAGACGAGGAGCUCCGUCGACUUGCGGCACAAUCAGUCGGACGAACACUCCAGGAUGUCAACACCAUGCAGAAGCUCGACGAGGGAGGCUUCAACCGCAUCCUCCUCAUCACCAUGCACGACGGGUUCCAGAUGAUCGUUCGCAUCCCGUACCCCGUCACGCAACCCAAGUUCUACGCCGUUGCCAGUGAGGUUGCCACGAUGGCCUUCCUUCGUGCCCAUGGAGUUCCUGUCCCCAAGGUGUACGGCUACUCCCCUACGUCAGACAAUGCUGCGGAGACCGAGUACAUCCUCAUGGAGUUCUUGAAGGAAGCGGCUCUCGCCUCUGUCUUGCGUCAGCUUGUCCAGCUCGAGUCCCGCAUCAUGUCGAUCCCCUUUGAGGUUGGUGGAAGCCUCUACUACGUUGACGACUUGGAAAGGCAGGCAGGAGGGAACACGAGCACCCCGUUCUCGCUUAAUGGCGAGAAUUUCUGCAUCGGUCCGGAUGUCAGGUUGCAUAUGUGGUAUGGGAGAAGGUCACAGCUCGACGUGAAUCGAGGACCAUACAAAAACACGGAGGAAGCACUCGCAGCACCUGCAUUGAAGGAGAUUGCCUAUCUGGAACGUUUUGGUCAACCUCUCCUCCCGUUCCAGCGAGGCAGAAGAGAGGCAUACGAGCAUAAGAAGCAGUCGCCUUCAGACCACAUCGAAAAUCUCCAACGAUACCUUCUCAUGGCCUCCUCGCUCAUUCCCAAUGACCCAUCUCUCCGAGCAUUCUGUAUCUGUCAUCCUGAUCUCCAACCUAGCAACAUCUUGGUGUCGACCCCGCCGGACUCCAGCCAGCUGAAGAUUGUCAGCUUGAUCGACUGGCAACACGCUUCCAUCCCUCCCCGCUUCCUGCUUGCUGGUAUACCAGAUCGACUUCAGAACUAUGACGACCCAAUCUCGCAGAGACUUAUCCCACCAUCAUUUCCACCGAACGCAAACGAGAUGGAGGAAUCCGAGCUGAUGGCGGCGGUCGGACUUCACCAUGCUCGUCUAGUUCACUUCCACUACGCCAAGGGCACGGAGGAACUCAACAAGCUCCACCACGACGCCCUGUCGGACCCAACGUCUGUCUUCCUACGCCGUCUCUUCUACCAAUCCGGUGCUCCCUGGGAGGCUGAGACCCACGACUUCAAAUCUCUGCUGGUCGAGGCGACAGAGGAGUGGGGGAAGCUUGCGGGAGCUGGCGUUCCGUGCCCCGUAGAGUUCGAGCCUGAAGAUGUGAGCCGGACGAAAGCGUUUAGCGAGAGGCUACAGCUGUCCGACGAGAACGUCGAGAAUAUACGAGCUAUGAUCGGUUUCGGGACGGAGACGUGGGUCCCCGUCGACCAUUACAGGAAGGCUAAGGCACUUGCCGAGCUGCUGAAGCUGGAGCUGUUGAUGGCGAUGCCGAAGGGGGAGCUCCCAGAUAAGACUGAGGAGAACUGGUUCUUAGACGACAUGGACGAGGAGGAUUACAUGUAGUUUCGUGGUCUGGUUCGGUUUCGACACUGUGUGGUAGUGUUGAUAGUCUUGUUGUUUG